AUGGCCGCUCGUCGGUCCCUCCUACGUGCUGUCCCCGCAUUGACAGCAAGACGGGCCACCGCAUCAGCUGCGCCCCAGAUCUCAACAUCUCUCAGAAUGUCGCCAAAUGAGCAGAUCGCACGGCGCCGACUGCAUGCCACCACACGCCAUCUCGCCGCCACCAGCACCGCCGUCGCCGACUAUCCUACCUCUCACGAAAAGAUCGCCAAUGUUGUCGACACGCACAACUUCAUUGACAACCAGUUCGUCCCGUCUCAAACUUCGCAGUGGAUCGACCUCCAUGAUCCUGCCACCAACAACCUUGUCACUCGAGUACCUCAAUCCACCGAUGCUGAACUCAAGGCAGCUGUCGCGUCUGCGGAGAAAGCCUUCCCGUCGUGGCGAGCUAUGUCCAUCAUUUCCAAGCAGCAAAUCAUUUUCAAAUUGACACAUUUGAUUCGCCAAAAUAUGGAUCGACUGGCCGCCUCCAUCACCCUUGAACAGGGCAAGACCUUUGCAGACGCGAAAGGCGACGUCCUCCGCGGCUUGCAAGUCUGCGAGACUGCCUGCGGUAUCACCACUCAGUUGACCGGUGAAGUCAUCGAGGUGGCAAAAGAUAUGGAAACUCGUUCAUACCGCGAACCCCUGGGCGUGGUGGCAGCCAUCUGCCCCUUCAAUUUUCCGGCCAUGAUCCCGCUAUGGAGUAUUCCUGUUGCCACCGUUACGGGCAACUGCCUGAUCCUCAAGCCCAGCGAGCGAGACCCCGGUGCUGCCAUGAUACUUGCUGAGUUGUGCAAAGAAGCUGGAUUCCCCGACGGCGUGGUUAACAUUGUCCACGGCUCGGCCAAGACAGUUGACUUUAUCAUCGACGAACCUGCCAUCAAGGCGAUUUCUUUUGUCGGCUCCAACCGUGCCGGAGAAUAUAUCUACACUCGGGGUUGUGCACAGGGCAAGCGUGUCCAGGCCAACCUAGGUGCGAAGAAUCAUGCUGCGGUGCUCCCGGACUGCAACAAGAAUCACGCACUCAACGCCAUUGCCGGCGCGGCCUUUGGCGCGGCGGGACAACGCUGCAUGGCUCUUAGCACCCUUGUGAUGGUGGGCGAGACGAAAGAUUGGUUGCCAGAGCUUGCCGAGCGUGCAAAGGCCCUUACCAUCAACGGUGGAUUCGAAGCGGAUGCCGAUCUCGGCCCUUUGAUCAGCCCACAGAGCAAGAAGCGUGUGGAGGACUUGAUUAAGAGCGCGGAAGAGGAGGGUGCAACCAUCUUGCUUGAUGGCAGGGGCCAACACCCGCCCAAGUAUCCCAACGGCAACUGGGUCGGCCCAACCAUCAUUGCCAACGUCAAGCCUCACAUGAAAUGUUAUACAGAAGAGAUCUUUGGCCCCGUCCUGGUCUGUCUGAAUGUUUCCACGACCGACGAAGCCAUUGAGCUGAUCAACUCCAACCCUUACGGCAACGGCGCCGCCGUCUUCACCCGCUCUGGUCCCACCGCCUCACUAUUCCAAAAGGAACUCGAGGCGGGACAGAUUGGAAUCAACGUCCCCAUCCCCGUGCCGCUACCAAUGUUCAGCUUCACCGGCAACAAGAAGAGCGUGGCUGGAACGGGCCUUGCCAACUUCUACGGCAAGGAUGGCAUCAGGUUCUACACCCAAUGGAAGACAGUGACAAGCCUCUGGAGGGCCGAGGAUGCUCUGGCGACAGAGAAGCAGGUUUCCAUGCCGACCCAUUCGUAA